UCAGCUGAACUCACGUCUCCUGUCACCAUGUCCUACAACUGCUGCUCUGGAAACUUCUCCCGCUCCCUGUGGGGUUCCCUGGGCUACCCAGGCUCUUCCUGUGGCUCUUCCUCCCCCAGCCACCUGGUCUACAGCACUGGUCUCUGCUUUCCCAGCACCAUCCAGCUGGGCUCCUCUCUCUACAGGGGCUGUCAGGAGACCUGCUGUGAGCCCAGCAGUUACCAGAACUCCUGCAUGGUGUCCAGCCCCUGCCAGAUGUCACGCUACCACCCGAGGACCUCCGGGUUCUGCAGUCCCUGCCAGAAGACUUACACUGGACCCCUGAGUUAUGGUGUCUGUGGUUUCCCUUCCCUGGGCUAUGGAUCCAGAAGCUGCUACUCACAGGGCUGUGGAUCCAGUGGCUUCAGGUCUUUGGGAUAUGGAGUCCAUGGCUUCUCUUCCCUGGGCCAUAGAUCCAGAUUCUACUGCCCAACCUACCUUGCUUCUAGGACCUGCCAGUCUUCUUGUUACAGACCAGCCUGUGGAUCUGGCUUCUACUGA